AUGCUGAAUCGUGUGGAAAAGUGUGUGUGGAAACACCUGCUAAAUGUGUAUCCAGAAGGGCUUACGGGACGUGAAAGGCUGGACUACAUGAAAAAGAAGACUCAGGAGUAUGAAAGCCUUAAAAAUGUCUGGCAGGAGCAUAUGAAGAAUGAAGAGAAGCAGAUAAGUGAGGAAGUGAAGUAUGUCACCAAUAUGGUUCGUAAGGACGUCUUGCGCACUGACCGUCACCACACUUACUUCAGUGGACCUGAUGACAACAGCAAUGUGCAAUCUCUCUAUAAUAUUUUAACCACGUAUGCUCUGAAUCAUCCUUCUGUUGGUUAUUGUCAAGGGAUGAGUGACUUGGCUUCUCCUCUCUUAGUCACUAUGCGUGAUGAAGCACAAGCCUAUGUGUGUUUUUGUGCCCUCAUGGCCCGAGUGCAUUCCAAUUUCCACAUAGAUGGAGAUGCUAUGACUCUGAAGUUCCAGCACCUUACAGAAGCUCUCAUUUUUUAUGACUUGGAAUAUUUUACAUACCUUCAGCUGCAUCAGGCUGAUGACUUGCUAUUUUGCUAUCGAUGGCUGCUGCUGGAGUUGAAGCGAGAGUUUGCAUUUGAUGAUGCUCUACACAUGCUGGAGGUUCUGUGGAGUUCUCUUCCUCCAGAUCCACCAGCAGAAUCUCUUCCACUUUAUGAGGUUUUAUUUAAUCCUGUUCAAGAACCGGAGGUCCCACUUCCACCACCAACACCAAGACAGAACCAUUAUGCCAAUGUAUGUGCCCUAAGACGUCAGAGGUCAUGUGUUUCAAACAGAAGUGCUGAGUGCCUUGCUGCCAUACUUAGUAGAAGGGCGGCUAGUGUUGACUGUGAUGGUGCAGAUGGUAGUGUAGGUGGGAAGAGACUAAGUCGAACAUGGUCUCAACCCAUUGACACAUCUCACCUACGAACAAGAAUACCUAGUGGCGAGGCAGGCAUUAAUGUUGAUAGAAUCAGAGAGGAAAACACAUCUCCAGAAGAUAGUCCUACUAGGAAUGUUAGAAAAAUUAGAAAUCUAAGAGAGUUCCAGCUUCUAACAAAAAAUAGAGACUCAGAUACUGAAAGUAAUCCUGGCUCACCAAGCAAGGAUUCCAAGAAUACUCCCACGAGAAAAAAAAGUGAGGCAGCUAAACAAAUAUCAGGAGACAUGAAAGCCAGCAAUAAGUCCAGAAGGUGUUUCUCAGAUUCUGAUGCAGAUGUUGGCGUACCAGUUUACUCAGAUGGUGGGGAAGUUGAUGUUUGGCAGAAUCCUGUGGCAACACUCUCACCAGAGACUGACCAACAAUUACAGAUAAUAUGUCAAGAGGAGCAGCCAUCUGUGGUACAGCAGCUAAAACCAAAGACUAAUGGCCAGCAUCAAACUUCAGAAAAGACAGAGGAGAAUGACACUUCAAUGAAUAUCAGUGUCAAUUCUUGUGAGGAGGUGACAGAAGUUACUGGAUGGCAAGUAACCAUGAGCUCUGGUGAGAAUCAUGUGCCGACAAUGCCACCCCCUGAGGAGUUUGGUGGUGGUAAUCCUUUUCUCAUGUUCCUGUGCCUGACUCUUCUCUUGCAGCACCGCGAGCACAUCAUGCAAAAUAAUAUGGACCACAAUGAAUUGGCAAUGCACUUUGACAAGAUGGUUCGGCAACACAAUGUGCAUAAGGUACUAGCUCAGGCACGCCGUAUGUUUGAAGCAUACCUUAAAUUAGAUUUUUCCAAAGCACGCUCUAAGAAUACUCCUCCAAGUUCUGUAGGCGACCAAUCUUGUUAAAGUUCAUGUGUAGAUUAUUUGAAAUUGUUACAAGUGUUUGUUCACAUUCCUCAAAGCCUUGAGAAAUAAGACCUAAUUCAAUUUGCUUUUGCCUACAGUAAGGUGUUGCAUUAUGUGCAUAGGAAGAAAAAAAAUGUUCAAAUACAGUAGUGUAAGCAGUUUUGUAAAUAUUUAGUAUCACAGAAUAUAUGUUACCCUAAAAUUGGUA